CCCAAGUCAUUGUCUCUGAGGGGGGUGAGGUGUCUCUGCCGACGUUGGGGGGCUUCCCCCUGCUCCCUCCACCCCCCCAUCUGGCUCACCCCCAAAAUGAAAUAGGGCCCCUUGCUCCACGCGGGGUGGGUUGGCGCUGAAUGGCCCCCCCGCUAAGAUGCUGGCCCCCCCCCUGAAGCGAAGAGGACUCUGACGUCACCCGGAUUGGGGGGGAUCCCGCCAUGGGGGACGCGGAAGAGAGGCUGGUUUGGGGGACAAACGGAGGGGACGGACGUCAGACGCCUCCCGGGCAGCUGGGAGUCUCCCCGGGGGGGGACGAGGAUGAGGCAGGGACAGCCGUUUCAGGAGGAGCGUGUGAGGGCGAGGAGCCCAGGACACCCCCAAAAGUGGUAGGAGAGGAGGAGGAGGAGGAGGAAGAGCUGGACCCCAGGAUACAGGAGGAGCUGGAGCAUCUCAACCAAGCUAACGAGGAGAUCAACCGGGUGGAGCUCCAGCUGGACGUGAGCUUUUCCCCCAGUCCCUAACUGGUCCCCCAGUCU